CGCCAAGGGGCAUCCGAGGCCGGACAGCCCCGGGAGUCGCGGCCGCUUUCUGAGCCGAAGAGGCAGCAACCGGACAUGGCUGCAUCAACAGAGGACCAGGGUCACAGCCAAGUUCAACAAGUAUUCUCCACCGUCGAGAGGGUGGCGAAAGCUGUUCCCAUUCCACCGGCCCGGCGCCUCACCAUGCAGGAUGUCUACUCAGAGGGUAAGCCUAAACUUGAAGUCUUACGGGCACAUUUUAUUAAAGAAGGGAGACUGGAGGAAGAUGCUGCCAUCAAGAUCAUCGAGGAUGGAGCUGCUAUCUUUCGCAAGGAACGGACACUCAUUGAAGUGGAUGCACCCAUCACAGUGUGUGGUGACAUUCAUGGUCAGUUCUUUGAUCUGAUGAAGCUGUUUGAAGUGGGCGGCUCACCCAGCAGCACUCAGUAUCUGUUCCUUGGAGACUAUGUGGAUCGUGGCUACUUCAGCAUUGAGAUUUCUUCUCUGCAGUGUGUGCUGAUGCUUUGGGUUCUGAAGAUCCACCAUUCGAGCACGAUGUUUCUGCUGCGGGGAAAUCAUGAAUGCAGACACCUCACUGAAUACUUCACGUUCAAGCAAGAAUGUAGAAUCAAGUACUCAGACCAUCUGUACAACGUCUGCAUGGGUGCAUUUGACUGUCUGCCUCUGGCUGCAAUAGUAAAUCGUCAGUUCCUCUGCCUGCACGGGGGCUUGUCACCCGAUGUCCACAGUCUCGAUGACAUUAGGAGAUUAGACAGAUUUAAAGAGCCACCACCCUUUGGGCCGAUGUGCGACUUACUAUGGUCGGACCCGACAGAGGACUAUGGCAGCGAGAAGACACUAGAUCACUUCAAUCAUAACACUGUACGAGGCUGCUCCUACUUUUUUAGUUAUGCUGCAGUUUGUAGAUUUUUGCAACACAACAACUUGUUAUCAAUAAUCCGCGCACACGAAGCUCAGGACUCUGGAUAUCGAAUGUAUAGGAAAAACCAGGCAACUGGCUUCCCAUCUUUAAUAACCAUAUUUUCUGCACCAAAUUAUCUAGAUGUCUAUAAUAACAAAGCUGCUAUAUUGAAAUAUGAAAAUAAUGUCAUGAAUAUUAGGCAAUUUAACUGCUCCCCACACCCCUACUGGCUUCCCAACUUCAUGGAUGUUUUCUCCUGGUCUCUGCCCUUUGUUGGCGAGAAAGUUACAGAUAUGCUGGUCAGCAUCCUCAACAUCUGUUCUGAUGACGAGCUUUUGGAUGACGAUGAUGCUUCACAGAAUGACCGCAAGGAAGUCAUCAAGAACAAGAUCCGUGCAAUUGGCAAGAUGGCCAGGGUCUUCACAGUUCUCAGAGAGGAACAUGAGAAUGUACUGACGUUAAAAGGCUUGACUCCAUCCGGCAACUUGCCCUUGGGUGCCUUGGCAGGAGGGAAAUCAGCCCUGGAGAAAGCCAUGACUGACUCAGCAUCAUCUAAAUCAGGGACAGCUUUGCUGCACAAGAUCAGCUUCGAGCAGGCGAGGGGUUUGGACCGGAUUAAUGAGAGGAUGCCACCACGCAAGCCACUGACGAAUAAUCAGCCUUCGACAUCAGCUCGAGCUCAGACUCCGGCGCGGGCCCAGACCCAGGCUUCGGGCCAGAUGAAAUGGCCCCCUCAAGCCACCAGUGGACUGCCAAACACCCCUCCACCGCAGCAGCAGGUGUCUGGGCGGUCCCAGUAUGGCAUCAACUCACACGCUGACCGAAGGCAGUCAGGCCAGCGCCCCAUGCCCACACAGCCGGGUACGUCUGCUGCCAAGACUGCCCAUGGAAUGAAAGGAAAGGAUAAGAUGGCACACUAACAGCUCGCCUGCCCUAUCUCACUGUUGCAAUCAGGCCCUAUUUAUUUAUUGUAAUUGCUUGCGAGAUGGGGGUGUCCCAAGAUCCAAACUCCCACCCCAUCCUUUCAACUCUUUUGGUCAGCAGUGACCGGGGCCCAGUUUACCUGGUAUGUGGAGAAAACAGAGCUCUUUCACUUCAAAAGCCAGCGCGCCUCCAUCAGACUGAAGUGAUCAGGGAGAACAUGGCUAACAUAAGUCUUGGUUUUCUGUGGGCCCUGCUAAGUCUCUGAAGGAGCAGGAGUUUUUCUAUUUAGGACAUCUCCUUCUUUGAGGAAUGUGUGAGUGCGGUGGUGUUGGGUUCCUUGUGAGCUAUCACUCCUCUCACUGCCCCACACUGAUAGUUGUUGGAGCUCUGGAGAAUUGAACCCUCGAUUAAAGUUGCUUGAGACAGGGGAAGCGCAGUCUUCACUUGUGAAGUGUUACAGUGCAAUGGAUGAUGGCAAACAAGAGAUCCUGCAGGGAGUCAGUGCAGUCUUGAAGACCAGGAAGGCUACAAGCCUGCCUUUCUGUCUGCUCGACUGCCUUCGUCCCCCUGCCUCCUCCACACCGCUCCCCUCACCAGUACCUUGGGAUGAUUUGAACCUUUUCUGCUGGUGAGACUCAGUGCAUCUCCACUAGGCUGCCAAGCUCUCCUGUCUUUUCACCUAAGCGAUCCUGCUCAUUUAGCACCCGAUCUCUGAGACGCUCAGUUCCUCACUGGUGACCCCAUGAGCAUUUUUAUGAAUUCUGACUCCAAUUUUUAAAGUGUGGAACUGAGAGCUCGUGCAGAGCCUUUGGAGAAAAGAAAAUGUAGAAACAAAUUUGUUUCAUUCUGGGUUUUUAUUGAAAGAUACUUUUUAAAAAAAAAAUCAAGUUGGUUACACAGCAUGUGGUCUACAUUUUGCCUUGAUUCUUGCACCUUCGUUUUGAGAUGAGUGAACCUAUUGCAUGUGCUUGCUCAUCAGUCCCUUUUGAGCUGCUAAGGUUAGCUAGAGAGUGAAGUUCAGGGGUGAACUCUGGCUAUGCCAAGGGACCGUAACUCUGAGUGAUCUCAGUGAGAGAGGGGGAUUGAAAUGGCAACCAGCCCUAUGCCAAUUUCUCUCUCCCUCUCUCCGUCCCCUGCUCCAAUAUCUCAUGCUCUGUCUCUGUGCAACCCUCUCCUGCCCCCCAGAUCCUCACGCAUUCUAUCUUUCUCUCACUUGCCCUCCACCUUGUGCCAGUCUCUUUCGCUUUUUCGAGCAUUGUCAGUAAUCAGGAGACUCCUGCAGACUGAGCAGUUUUUGUUGUCAUCAGUCUGCAGUGUUGUGCAGUUGGAAAUCUGAUUGCCCAGACUCUGUCCUGCAGCCCUUUACCUCCCUGUGUAAAACUCACCCCCUUUCAGUAUUGAGUUAAAGAUGCUGGAAAGCCUCAGCAGAUCAGUCAAUAUGUAUCGAGAGAACAGGUAUCAAUCACUCUCAGGCGUUCUCCUCUUCUAAUCUGGCUGUUUGGAUGAAAAAUUAACAGUUUUUAAAAUUGAAGAGCUGAUGAUGGUGAAAAUAUUGGAGUGAAAAAGACAUUCUGGUCCAUUGAGCUUUCCUCACAGAGUUAUAUUGCUGCAUGCUUAAAAACCCACGUUACCUUGAGAAAUUUCUUUUUGACCUCAUUACACGAUGCAACCCAGCAGAAUGUACUGGCCCAGAUCAUCUGGGUCAUUCCUGUGUACAAAUGUUGACUGAUCCACAGAGUGUUUCCAAAAAAUAGGCUUCCUUUUGCUUUUUUUUCUGUCUCUGAUGAUUGAUCUAAGUAAGUGCAAUGACCUGGAGCUCCUCUGCCAUCCACUGACUGAGAACUACAGCAACCCUGCAGUCUCUCGGAAUUCAUGGGCUUCCGUGAACGGUAUCCAUGUAUCUUUCCUGAGGUGUGCUUUCAUUCUCACCAUGUCUGCUCAUGGUAUUCUUCAUGAGACAGAGCGUGUACUUAACUGCAAAGCACUGCCAGUUCUGGUCUCUGCACCGCACACAUGGCAAACAUGAACCCAAGUAUGAAUCCACCCUGAAUUUUUAGCACAAGUCAGUAUAUUGCACUUUUACCUGGGUGGCAGUGGUGCAUUUCUACAAGCGUUGAUGAUCUAUGCUGGCAUUGUUGGGUUUGUUGCAGCUGUUGGAAGAAUCACUUUUCUCAUGUUCCAGAUGUCCAGCUGUUGCCAACACUGACCAGUUGGAAGAAACUUGAAUAGUGGGCAUGAAACCUCAGCACUGAAUGUUUGUGGUCAGGCCCUGCACCAACCUUGCAGCCCUCCCUCGGUGAGGCUACAGUUGGGCACCUCUUUUUUGGGCAAGGCAGCUGGUUUGUAGAACAGAGACAGCAGGGGUGAAGCAAGGUGCCGAGAGCCACUGGUUAGGGAAGGAUUGGUGUUGGUGUAGGUUGCCACAGACCAGCCAAUUGCUUGUACAAAAAGGCUACUUGGUAGAAUGAUCCAGAGUCAGCUUGUGGCUGAGUUUGUUUCACAGGUUGUCCCUCGUGUUCCUGCUCUUAAAUGCCGAGUACUGGUACCUAUGGCUUUCCAGAUGAGAAUGGUGGUUUCCUCUGGACGAUAGGAGUGAGUACAAGCAGCUGAUGAGGUAGGUUCUUGAGGUGUUUUCAUUAUUUAACUCAGUGAAGUAAGGUUUUCCUGAGCUCACUGACACUUGCUGAGGGUGUAACUGUCAUUUCUUUGUUCUCAUUGUAUUCUAAUGAUGAGAGGGUGCAUGCAGUCAGCCACCAGUUUAAAGUGCCCUAAACUGCUUUUAAAAAGGACCUGCUGUAGCGACUGUCCGAACUGAUGCAUUGAUUGAUUGCAAGGAUUGCCAUUUGCCGUUUGAGACAACUCAAAAGGAUAUCAGGAGAGUUGGUUCUCAUUUUGUUCGUUCCUUUAAACAUGAGGUGUUCAAACAUGGGCAUUGGUGGAGCACUGGACUCAGUCUUCGAUUGCCUGCAAGUAAGGAGAAAAAUUGACCCCUGACCCACAUGCCAGACGAGAUUGGUAUCCUUCAAUUCGCAGUCCUAUCCACCCCACUCCUCCACAACCCAUGUCUAACAUGGGCUUCUUGCCCAUUCUGAGAUGGCUAACGCAAGUUUGUCACACUAGGAUUUCAGAGGCUUUUUAGUUUGAGAUCAAAGACUGACAGGUAGAAGGUUCUUCAGAUUGAAAUUAUAUUGGUGAGAAAGGGCCCUUCAGAAAACCUGACUUCCUUCCUGUUGAACCACUUGGCUUCCAGUUCAACAGCAACACGGUCAUUAUUUUGGUGUCUUUUUAAAUAAGAGAAGAGUUCUCUUUGCAGAAUCUUUAAAAAUGUGCUGUAACAGUUCCUGUCUUUUUUUUUUACAAAAGGACAACUCCCCUCAGGAGAGAAAUACUGCAUUGAUACUGUUGGUUAAAAAGAAUUUCAUUAACUUGUGUUUUUUGUAAGUGCACAGAGAAAACUGUAACGGUUACUAAUUUAGCACAGCAAUAUGAUGAUAGCGAACUUUUCUUGUAACAAAAUUUGCAUUAAAAUACAAGUUUGGUUUCA